CGAAUACCGCGUCCGUGAUUGGCUGUUGGCGCAAGAGAGCUGAGGAAAGGAAGCCGCAGUGGCCAUGGUGCGAAUCACAGAAGAACUCGUCAGGCAGCGAUCGGAGCAUAACAAUUGUGAAAUUUUUUCCUUGGAAGAAAUCUCCUUGCACCAACAGGAUAUAGAGCGAAUAGAACACCUGGACAGAUGGUGCCGGGAUUUGAAAAUCCUCUAUCUCCAAAACAACCUCAUACCUAAAAUUGAAAAUGUUAGCAGAUUGAAGAAGCUUGAAUAUUUAAACAUAGCUUUAAACAAUAUUGAAAAAAUUGAAAAUUUGGAAGGUUGCGAAGACUUGCAGAAACUAGACCUGACAGCUAAUUUCAUUGGAGAGUUGUCCAGUAUCAAGGAUCUGAAAAAUAAUAUCCACCUUAGAGAGCUUUUCCUUAUAGGCAACCCAUGCACAGAUUUUGAAGGUUAUAGACAAUUUGUGGUGGCUACACUUCAUCAACUCAGAGUUUUGGAUGGCAAAGAGAUAGAACGUUCAGAGAGGAUUAAGGCUUUACAGAACUUAGCUGAGAUAGAAAAACAAAUCCAAGAACAGGAGCAAGCCUAUCUUCUCAAAAGAAGAAAAGAAAAAGAAGAGGCUGAAAAACAGAUGCAAGAAAAGAAAGAGAAGAAGCUGAAGCAGAAGAAACAUAAUUUGGGAGUUCAUGGACAACGGUGCACAGAUAUCAGUGCCACCAACUGCUAUUCUGUAGAAGGGAGAAAUAAGCACCAGGAAACUAAAGAAGAAAACAAAGACUAUGAAUUGAUGAUGGAAAAUGAUGAUGAUGAAGAAGAGAGAGCCUUUUGGGAGGAACCUGUGCCUCAUACUCCAGAGGCUAGAUUAGAAGCUCACAGAUAUGUUGAAGAAAAAAAGAAAGCCAAAGAAAAUAGAGAACAACUGAAGAAAGAGAAGCAACCAAGGACUUUGAUAACCCCUGAAGGAAGAGUUCUGAAUGUAAAUGAACCUAAGCUUCCUUUUUCCUUAAAAGAUGAUGAAGAAAACAACCAAUUCAUCCUUGAUCUUGCAGUGUACAGAUAUCUGGACACUUCCCUCCUUGAUGUUGAUGUACAGCCUACUUAUGUGCGAGUAAUGAUCAAAGGAAAGCCAUUUCAGCUUGUACUUCCUGGAGAAGUCAAACCAGAUAGCAGUACUGCUAAAAGAUCUCAGACAACUGGACAUUUGGUUAUCAGUCUACCAAAGGCUAAAGAAGUAAUCGUGGCAAAACCCCAAACAACUACUUGUAAGAAAUUGUGUGACACAGAUAAACUGCAAAGGAAUCUAAGAAGAAAAGAGUGUACAGAGAAGUUAGAAGUGGAUCCUACCAAGUACUCAUUCCCAGAUGUAACAAAUAUUGUACAGGAAAAGGAUUUGAAUGGACAAGGUCCCUUGAGGCUUCAGCGGCAAAACAAUCUGAACACCAACACUUUGCCGUCAGACUUGGAUGAUGACCCAGAUGUUCCUCCUUUAAUUUGACUUUCUGAUAGGCAUAGAGUGUCUUUUAUCACUAGACAGUGUUAUAGAUCUCUUCAAGGAUACACUUGUUGCCUUUAAUCUGAUUGCCUUUUCUAUUGUAUAUAAGAAAUGGAUGUAGCUUUCUGUAAACUAGUCUAUUUUAACUGCCUGGUGAUAAUUGAAAUCUCUGUCAGGAUGGGAAUGCUAUUCCCCUAAACAAAGCUUCAAUCCAGAGUUCCAUCAGCAUUAUCAACAGGGGAGGAGGAAGGGUUGGUUUGGGUUUGGUCAUGCUUUGUCAAGAGUUUUUCUAUCAACCCCAGAAAUAGUGUGAAUUGUGUACAGAGUCUAUAGCCAAUCCCUUCUUGCACAUUAAAGAUACAAGGCUAGGCUUGUCCAAAGCAAUUGGGGCAGGUGGCAUGGACAAAGAGCAAAUCCAAGAUUGAGAGAGAGAGAAGACCUGGCAAUUAUUGACAGGAAGCGCGGGAGGUUCAGAUUUAAGAAGGCAGUGAUAACUUAUAUGGUAUAUUUGACAAGUACCAUUGUCAGAUAUACCAUUUCAUUAAAUGCAAUUCUUUCUAAAUAUAUAUUAGACAUUAGUGUGGAAGUAUGACCAUAUAAAUGAGAAUCAAGUGAGUGCUCACCCAACCCAACUGACCCAUGCUGUUCCGGUUAGCUUUGCCUCAUUUUCCUUGUUUUGACCCCAGCUUUCUAUUUCACUUCUUCCAUCUCUUGAUAUACUUUCUCCAUCUCUGCUUCUCUAAGCCCAAGUUACUUUGAUAUUUGUUGUUCAUCUCUACAGAGGUGUUUAUUCUUAAGUCUUUUCUUUGAGAUGUAUUUUCUUUGAGAAUGGGUAAAGGAAAACUUAUGUGCAGUUGAAACUUUCCCUGUGGAUCCCCCUGCCUCACACGUCCAGCUUAGUUCUUACUAGGUAUGUUGAACAUUUAGUUGUUUAGGCUUAAGGUGGCAUUGCUAGCAUCACCAAAGAGGAAGAACAGGUGCUUUAUCCUAGUUUCCAUCAACCUGAAAGCAAGCUGUUUGCAUUUUUCAGGUCAGAUUCUAUUCAUGAGAUGUCCAUCCACAGAGUCUGUCUUACCAUGAAAGGUUAAUUGCAAGGUAUGCCAAUAUGUCUGUUUGAUAAGAAUGGUAGGAGCAAUGCUGCAAAUACCAGCAUGCCAUGUGUGCCUCUUUAAGGCAAGGGAAAAUAUUGUUACGCUUUUUCAUGCCCUCCAUACAAUAAAACUU